AUGGCUCCCGAUUUUACUGUCGACUUACCAGAACAGGAUCCGGAUGAGGACGAUGAUUCUGACGGGGGCGAUGAUACUGAUGGGGGCGGGGAUGAUGAGGUAAUGUCCAAUGAAAUGAUCAAACCCUUAUCUUCCACUCCUGCCCAUCUCCGUCGUUACAAGCUCUCUUUGCUCGACCAACUAUGUCCCAAAGCGUAUCUUUCUUUUAUCUACUUCUACGAAACAAACAACAAUACCAGUACUGAGUCAAACAUCGCUGACGACAUAUCCAACAAGCUUAAGAAAUCCUUGUCCCAAGUCCUAACCCUUUACUACCCACUAGCAGGAACAUUCACAGACGAAAACUACGUCAACUGCAACGACAAUGGAGUUCUAUUCGUGGAAGCGCGUGCACUGAAGAGCCAACUCACUGAUGAUCUCAAGAAUAAACCAAGUACCACCCCAUGUGAGCUCAACGAGUUCCUUCCUUUCCAACUCGAUCAACUCACCGAGUUGCCCCUUGGCAUCCAGCUCAACAUCUUCGAAAGCGGAGGAGUCGCCAUUGGAGUAUGCCUGUCCCAUCGCCUCGUAGAUGAUUUGUCCAGCCUCUUCUUCAUCAAAAACUGGAUGGCCAUUGCUCGCGGCGAUGAGGGUGCCGUAGUCCGACCAGAACUCGUUUCCGCUGCCUCUCUCAUUCCACCAAAAGAUAUGGCCAGUUACGACCCAUCUCAGGUCGUCCAAAAGAGCAACACAGUCAUAACGAAGAGGUUCGUGUUUAAUGCUUGUAAGGUGGAAGCUCUUAGGGCAAAAUAUGAAGAGAAAACCAACCAAGAAAACAGCCCUAAAUGGAGACUUUCGACUAUGGAAGCCUUAUCUGCUUUCAUAUGGAGCCGUUUCGUGGCUGCAACUAAAAUAGUGCCAGAACCAGCUUUCAACAUCCGCACGAUACAUCACACUGUGAAUCUUCGUCCAAUGUUUGAUCCGCCAUUGCCACCACAUUCUUUUGGAAACUUUUACACUUCUUCUGUAACCAUUCCUCCCUUGAGUAGCAGUUCUUCUAGCAAAGAAGAGGACUGUAAUUAUGGAUUGGCAAGGGCCAUAGGAGAGGACAUACGAAAGAUCAAUAAGGAAGAUGUAGAAAAUCUUCGCAGUGUGGGAGAUGAGUUUAUGGAUUCUCUCAAGAAAGGUACCGAGAUAUUCGUGAAGGGAGAUAUGGUGUCAUUAGUCUUCACUAGUGUGUGUGGCUUUCCUGCCUAUGAAGCUGACUUUGGACUAGGAAAGCCCACGUGGGUGAGCUCAGGUGCUCGGUGCUUCAAGAAUGUCAUUGCUUUUCUGGACAAUAUAAUGGGCGAUGGAGUACUAGAGGCUUAUAUUUGUUUCAAGCCAAAAGACAUGGCCAAAUUUGAAGUUGAUAAAGAGUUUCUUGCCCUCGUAAUUUCUCCAACUGAUGCGUCCACCUAG